AGAGGGAGAGGUUGCGGUGCGUGGAUAGCAGGGUGUCAGUGACUCCGGAUCGGCGUCUCGGGCCUCAGCUCCAGCUUCACCUAUGUGGACCGCAGAUGAGAUUGCGCAGCUGUGCUAUGCACACUACGUCAAACUGCCCAAGCAGGGGAAGCCUGAGCCAAACCGUGAGUGGACUCUGUUGGCGGCUGUGGUGAAAAUACAGACUCCAGCUAACCAAGCAUGUGACACCCCUGAUAAGCAAAUACAAGUGACAAAGGAAGUUGUCUCAAUGGGAACAGGAACAAAAUGCAUAGGCCAGUCCAAGAUGAGAGAGAGCGGAGACAUCCUCAAUGACAGCCAUGCUGAGGUCAUAGCCAGAAGGAGUUUCCAGAGGUACAUCCUCCAUCAGCUCCAUGUGGCGGCCGUCCUAAAGGAGGACAGCAUCUUCCUUCCUGGGACUCAGAGAGGACUGUGGAGGCUCAGACCUGACCUGUCUUUUGUGUUUUUCUCUAGCCACACACCCUGUGGGGACGCCUCCAUCAUUCCAAAGCUUGAGUUUGAAGAACAGCCUUGCUGUCCUGUCAUCAGAAAUUGGGCCAACAACUCACCUGGAGAAGGGAGCGAGACUCUAGAGGGUUCUAGAAAUAAAAGGAGCUGUGAAGACCCUGACAGUCCUGUAGCCAAGAAGAAAAGGCUUGGAACACCUGCUGGUUCCCUCUCCGAUUGUGUAGCUCACCAUGGGGCACAGGAAAGUGGUCCAGCCAAACCAGAUGCCAGCAGCUCUGGUCUCACCAAGGAGGAACUGGAUGCUGUCAAUGGAACAGCUUCCGGUAGCUUCAAAGUGGUGGACAUAUACAGAACGGGAGCCAAGUGUGUUCCUGGAGAAACUGGAGACUUGGGAAAGCCAGGCGCUGCGUAUCACCAGGUGGGGCUACUUCGUGUGAAGCCUGGCCGGGGAGACAGGACAUGCUCCAUGUCCUGUAGUGACAAGAUAGCGAGGUGGAAUGUCCUUGGAUGCCAGGGUGCACUGCUAAUGCACUUCCUGGAGAAGCCCAUCUACCUGUCAGCCGUGGUCAUCGGGCAGUGCCCAUACAGCCAGGAAGCCAUGAGGAGAGCACUGACGGGCAGGUGUCAGGAAACCUUGGUUUUACCCAGAGGCUUUGGAGUUCAAGAGCUGAAAAUACAGCAGUCGAGUUUGCUCUUUGAACAGAGCCGCUGUGCAGUGCACAGGAAAAGAGGGGACAGUCCAGGCCGACUCGUCCCUUGUGGGGCAGCUAUCAGCUGGAGUGCUGUUCCUCAGCAGCCUUUGGAUGUCACAGCCAAUGGUUUCCCACAGGGAACAACGAAGAAAGAAAUCGGAAGCCCUCGGGCCAGAUCCCGAAUCAGCAAGGUGGAACUCUUUAGAUCAUUCCAGAAGCUGCUGAGCUGCAUUGCAGAAGACGAGCGGCCGGACUCCGUCAGGGUGCAGAAGCUGGACACCUAUCAGGAGUACAAGGAGGCCGCGUCUGCCUACCAGGAAGCCUGGAGUGCACUCCGGAGGGUACAACCGUUUUCGUCCUGGAUCAGAAACCCACCCAACUACCACCAAUUUAAAUGACCCGCUGGUAUCAGGACCCUUCACAGUAUUUGCCCCUCCCUCCAUGCUGAGCAAACCUCUGCUUUCCUGUUGGUUAAACCCCAAGGAGAAAGAGAUGCCUUCUCCGAGAGCACUGCCCCUCUUUGGUGUCAUAAAUGGAACCCAGAACCUCAUCAGACUGCAGCAGCUCCGUGCUAAGUAGCCUCAGAAACGACCUUGGUAUCGGCCUUCAGCUGUGUCUGGUUGGUUCUGGAACACACGGCAUCAGAGUUUGGAACGUGAUGCUUUCA